AUGACCAAAAAAUUUCUUGAUAAAUAUUUCUCCUCAGCUAAAACGGGCAAGUUUAGAAGAGAAAUUCAUAACUUCUGCCAGAACGAGACUGAAACUGUGUUUGAAGCUUGGGGGAGGUUUAAGGAGAUAGUGCAAAAGUGUCAACAUAGCGGAAUUGAACUCUGGAUGCAACUCCAGGAUUUUUGGGAUGGAUUGACACCGGCCUCACAGAGAACAUUGAGCAAUGAAGCUGGAGGCCCGUUGAUAAAGAAGACUCCAGAGGAGACAAUCACAAUUCUAGAUGAGUUGUCUGAAGAUGCAAAUCAGUGGCCCUCUCAGAUUGCUGAAAGAAUAAGAGCAACUAGUAUUCACCAGGUUGAUGCUAACACAUCUGUGCAGGUACAACUUGAUUCCAUGGCAAAAGAAAUAAGGAAGUUGACCUUAGCUUCGAUACAUAAUGAGCCUCAUGCAGCAUGUGACAUAUGCGGAGGACGACACCCUACUCGUAGUGUCAAACCUCAACUGAGGAAGUUAAUGCUGUGGUCUGGGUUAGAAGAUCUAAUGAAGUCCUUCAUUGUCAAGACAGAUGAGAGAUUAUAUGCUCAUGGUGCAGCUAUCGAAGAACUUGGGACAGGUUUGCGUAACUUGGAGAGACAAGUGGGACAAAUUGCAACUAUAUUGUCUGAGAGAAUCCCAGGUACUCUGCCAGCUGAUACUGAAAAGAAUCCCAAAGAAACGGUAAAUGUUGUGACCUUGAGAAGCGGGCAAGUGUGGAAAGAUCCCACUCCAGUCCAAAAAGAAAUAAUACCUGUAAAAGAAAGUGAGGGGCAGCUGAAAAUUGAAGUUGAUAAGAAGAAGAAAGGCAAGAAGGAAGCUGAUAUAAAGAAGAAAGAGGAAACUUCGAGAAGGGAGAAAGCUAAUGAAAAGAGCAAGCACAUGCCUGCUCUACCUUUUCCCCAAAAGCUCUAUAGAGAAAAGCUGGACAAGCAGUUCGAGAGAUUUCUAGAUAUGCUGAGACAGGUUAAUGUAAAUUUGCCAUUCACAAAAGUUCUCUCCCAAAUGCCAGCUUAUGCCAACUUCUUGAAAGGGAUCCUUACAAAGAAGUGGAAGAUGGAAGAAACCUCAGUGGUCAAGCUCACAGAGUAUUGCAGUGCAAUAUCGCAAAAUAAACUCUCACAAAAGUGUAGAGAUCUAGGGAGUUUUACGAUACCUUGCUCUUUAUGCACUCUUAACUUUGAUAAAUCUUUAUGUGAUUCUGGUGCCUCAAUUAAUCUAAUGCCUCUGUCUAUUUAUAGGAAGCCGAAGAAUGAGCUUGGAGAGAUAAUUCCUGCACCAAUAUCUUUGUAG